AGAGGCAUAUGGAAACGUUUGAAACUUCUUACAGCGGUUAAGUACGGCGUCGCUAUGAGCUGGGACUCAUUUUGCAUUUAGCAGAUGUCCACUACUAGGGCGGCGUUCAGUUUUUCGGCAGGUGUAUAAGACCGACCCUCGUCUCUGAACUGCUAGGCGCACAGUCUGUGACGACAACCACACCUCCGGAUGAUGCUCCUGGCACGGAUCAAUCUGACUCUGGCCUUCAUCCUCCUCAGCCCAGUCAGCAUUCUCCGCUUGUGGUGGGUGUUGGGUAGCCCACUGGUGAUGGACCACAACAGCAUCUGCAGGAAGACCAGGCGCUUGGGGGGCAAACACGCCGAGCUGUGCCAGUCCCAGCCUGAGAUCGUGCAGGAGGUGGUCAAGGGCGCCCGUCUGGGCAUGAGGGAGUGCCAGCACCAGUUUCGCCACCACCGCUGGAACUGCACCAACCAAAGCAGGAGCUUGGGCAAGAUUCUGCAACAAGACAUUCGUGAGGCGGCGUUCCUGUACGCCAUCACAGCGGCGGGGGUGGUCCACACCGUGACUCAGGCCUGCAGUAUGGGCGACCUGCUUCAGUGCGGCUGCACCCCGGCGACCCAAGAGGGGCCCUGGGAGUGGGGCGGGUGCGGGGAUGAUGUGGAGUUUGGGUAUCAGAUAUCCAGACAGUUCACCGACUCCAGAAGGAAGAGGGGCAAAAGUGACAUCAAGACUCUGAUUGACCUGCACAAUAACGAGGCAGGAAGGCUGGCGGUGCAGGGCUUCAUGCGCAUGGAGUGUAAGUGCCAUGGCCUGUCAGGUUCCUGCACGCUGAGGAGCUGCUGGAGGAAGAUGCCCCUCUUCCGUCAGACAGGCGAUUGGCUGGUUCAGCGCUUCCAGAGUGCAGUGCAGGUGAUGGGCAGCAACAACGGCAAAUCCCUGAUCCCGCUCCGCCAGGACGCCCCUCCCCUCGAACCUCACGACCUUAUUUACUUCGCCGAGUCACCUGACUUCUGCCUGGCCAAUCGGAGGCUGGGCUCGGAGGGCACGCGGGGUCGCGUGUGUAACGGGACGACGGUGGCGGCAGCGGUCGGGGGGUCGGGGGGGUGCGAGUCGCUGUGCUGUGGGAGGGGUCACCAGGAACACACGCUGGUGUACGAGGAGAACUGUGUGUGCCGGUUCCACUGGUGCUGUGUGGUCCAGUGUCAGAGGUGUUCGGUGAGGAGAGACGUCAGCCGGUGUCUCUGAACAGGCGCGCCAACAACAGGGACUCCGUGUACUAGCCAGCUCCGGAGAGGGACAAGGCCGCUCCUCCUCAGACUUUGACCUUUUUGUGUUGUGCAUGGAGGACUGAAGAGUCCUGAUGUAUGUAAAGGGAGGAAACAGGCUACCUGAUAUGCCCCUGAGGCAUGUGGAUUGGCAUCACAUGCUAUCACAGCAGAUUGCAUGGCCAUACCCUCUGUUUGGGCAGCUGAAACAAAGCUUAUAGGUCUUAAGUGUGCGUGUGUGUG